GGGGAAAGGGGCGAAAUGAUUCUAUGGUCACAUGCCACGGGGUCUAGUGGGAGGAGUAGUUGCCCCGCGGCCGCCAGGCGCUUCCUGUUUCCGGUUCCCGGAGUGGGGCCCAGCGAGGCGCCCGGGGGACCGCCGGCCUCUGACACGAGCUCUGGGCCGCGGGUCUGCGGCUGGCCGCUCCCCAGCCCUGUCUCCCAGCCCGGGCCGGGGUUCACCCGGGGGUUCUGAGCUUUGGCUGCUCCGUUUGCACGUGACAUGAUGCUCCCCCUCUGCAGCUGCUGGAGGACUCGGCUGCUCCUGCCGCUGCUCCUGGCUGUGGCCAUCAGAGAAGCAUGGCAGGCAGAAGAAAAAACCUGCGACCUGAUAGGAGAAGAGGGCAAAGAGUCAGAGAAAGAGUUGGCUCUACUGAAGAGGCUGAAGCCACUGUUUAAUAAAAGCUUUGAGAGCACUGUGGGCCAGGGCCCAGACACGUAUAUCUACCUGUUUAGGGUAUGCCGGGAAGCUGGCAACCACACCUCUGGGGCAGGCCUGGUGCAGAUCAACAAAAGUAACGGGAAGGAGACAGUGGUAGGGAGACUCAAUGAGACUCACAUCUUCAAUGGAAGUAAUUGGAUCAUGCUUAUCUAUAAAGGGGGUGAUGAAUAUGACAGUCACUGUAGCAUGGAGCAGCGUCGUGCAGUGGUGAUGAUCUCCUGCAAUCUACACACCCUAGCGGACAAUUUUAACCCUGUGUCCGAGGAGCGAAACAAAGUCCAAGAUUGUUUCUACCUCUUUGAGAUGGAUAGCAGCCUGGCGUGCUCCCCAGAGGUCUCCCACCUCAGUGUGGGUUCUGUCUUACUUGUCACGUUCGCAUCACUGGUCGCAGUCUAUAUCGUCGGAGGGUUCUUAUACCAGCGACUGGUGGUGGGAGCCAAGGGAAUGGAGCAGUUCCCCCACUUAGCCUUCUGGCAGGACCUUGGCAACCUGGUAGCAGAUGGUUGUGACUUUGUGUGCCGUUCUAAACCCCGAAAUGUGCCUGCUGCAUAUCGUGGUGUGGGGGAUGAUCAGCUGGGGGAGGAGUCAGAAGAAAGGGAUGAUCAUUUGUUACCAAUGUGACUGCACUUUAAAUGUCCAGCUGCUUCUUCAGUCCCCCAGACCAAAGCAUACUCAGCCAGAUUUCUGAAGCAGUCUCCACUCGUCUCUUAUCUCACCCUUAAUAUUGCUCUUGCUUUCCAGUUUGCUUUUGGUUUGCAUCCUCUUCUUACGAGUAGAAAUGCCUUCCCUUUAUUCCCUAUUUUCUGUUUUUCCGCCAGAGAGGUGCAGUUGUUAAGACAGCAGUGAUAUAACAGGGCCUGUGACAGUGGAGGCUAUUGCACUCUCUUGGUAUCAGAAGAUACAAGGUUGGUUAUAGUGAGCCAAAGGGUGAGGCAGGCUCCCUGACCCUAUCUUUUUUAAACACAUUUUCACAAGUUUUUGAGACACUGGAUUUCUUUAAUUAAAAAAAAGAGCAAAGAACCAUUAUUUAUACAAGGUGAUUGCUUUCCCACUGUUCUGACCAUACAGCAGUCUCUAUAAGAAUUGGUGGAAUUCCUGGCUGUUUGGACUACUUUGCAGUGAUUAUAUGGUGGCAAUCCAACUACUGCCAUUUGGGCUGAGCCUCGAGAUAGAUUCGCUUCUCCCACCUCUGGGAUUGGCACAGGAGGAAUGUGAAAUUCCCCAACUGGAGGAUUACUUAGGUUACCAUCACAUCACUUGUCAGCACUGAAAUGACUUCGUAGCUGUAACUGGACCCUGGAUUGGGUUCUUGUGGUUAUCAGUAUAUAGCCAAAAUGCCUAAUCCAGAAGCCAUGUUUUGUAAAGGGAGAUUGAAACUGACCUCCUAUGCUGCAGGGGGUUCCUAAGAGGGGAGGUCUGUUUACUUUGUAGUAGGAUCUCCUUAAUGGCUUUCCUCUCCCCACUGAAGAGUACAGCUGGUCAAGCUUUUCUUCCAAGCUAUUUCCCUCUUACCAAUAUUUCUGAACAUGUUGCACUUUCUUCACAGGCAUAUCCACUCUCCCUACCCCUACCUGCCCCUGACCCCGUCUUCUGGAAAGGGAAGCAGAAGUGGUACACGUAAGAGGAAGGGCCCUGUCAUCACCCGUCCCUUCUGGCUCAGGGAAGCACCCUCUUGCCCACAGCAUUUCUGUGCGGAGAGGUCUUUAAUCCUCUGAUGCUUCCACCUUUCUCUUUAGACCAUGUGCACAGAAAUCUGGCCUGAUCUUUCUGUAGUAGUGAACUUGGGUCACUGAAGAGUAACAUGGCUCCACUGGACACAAGAGGAAGAAUAGGCAAGGCCCUUUUAAAGCCUUUAGAGAAGAAAAGUGAGAUUAUUUCAUCUUUGGACUUCUAAAUACUAUGGGAGUGAUACUUCUUUUUCUUUCUAAACAGGGAAAUGUUAUAAAUGCAUCUUUUUUGUUAAUUUGUUUGCAUACCUCCCCCCCACUCUGGUGUUUUAAAUGAAAAAGAAAAA